AUGUCCUUUGAUCAACCAAUGCAAGAAAUAUACUGGAACGCUGAGAAUUCAGCCAACGGCUUGUACGAUGAAAACGCAGGCAAUUCCGUCUUCUACCAAGAUCUCAAACAGGAAAACAUUGACAUGUUAAAUCAGGCUAGUAACGGGUUUGGUUACGCAGAACCGCAGUUUCAACCAAACGAAUUCCAGCAGCAGCUGCAUCAGCAGCACAAUCAGAGUCAGCUCCAGGGACUGGCCGAUACUAACGUCAACUUUGCACAGUUACCACAGUUUGGCACAUCUGAGUACUUGAACCAGUCUAUUUCUUCCCACUCCUCGCCAUCCAUGAAUGGAUUCGAGAACGGGCCAAUUAAAUACAGUGCCAUUUCUCCUGAAAGCAUUGAUGACAAGUCACAAAAUCAACAACAACAACAACAACAACAGCAGCAGCAAAGUGGCUCCAAGAAGGCCACGCAGAGCAAGAGACAUUUGUUGGAUGAACAAGAUGCUAUCUUAUUGGCCAGAGAAGAUUCUGAGUUGAAUGAGGAGGAGCUUUUAGCUAAAAAGAAGGCACAGAACCGUGCAGCACAAAGGGCGUUCAGGGAGCGUAAAGAGUCCAGGUUUAAGGAUUUAGAGGCCAAAUUAAAUAAAUCUGAGGUUGAGAAGCAGAAGUUGUUGGACCAAUUGACUUACUUUAGAACUCAGAAUGAGUACCAGAAGCAGCAAGAGCAAAAGAGAAUGAACACAGCCGCCAUCACUCCCGAUGGUCCAGAUUGUGACAGGGUCAUCCAUGCCCAAUUCACGUUCCCCCAAAACCAAGAGUUGUUUAUCAAUGAAAUGACUGAUGGACAUCCUUUAUCGGAAACGUCUGACAUCGCUAAGGUGUACGAUGCUCCCGAUUACCCCAAUACCAAGUUAUUAGCAGUGGGUGCCGUGUGGGACUAUUUACAUAUGAGGGCUGAAGAACUCGAGAGAGAUGACCAGUACUUCGAUGUUGUUGAGAUUAUGGCUAAAUUAAAGGGUAACGAGAAAUGCCACGGGUACGGGCCUGCUUAUCCGCUAGAUGUAGUCAACAGGGCAAUCGAAGAGUCUCUCCGCCAAUAA